UCGCUAGUGAGGUUCCUAAUUAUAAUGUUUGCUCAAGUUAAUAUCUUUAAUAAUACAAUUACUAAGGAAAAACCGGGAAAACAAAACUAUUUUUUAUAGUUUUCCUUAUUUUUAUCAUGAAAAGUGUAUACCAGGUGAAUGUUAUCGAUGAAAUAUAUGUGCGGGAUAUAAAUAAGUGACUAAUUGGAAAAAUUCAGGAGGAAUCGUGACAACAAGAUUUGAGGUUAACUUCAUUCCUUGUUGCAUAUUUAACCAUUUCUGAAACUAUUGUCACUUCUUUUGUAUAUUCCUCAUUGUUCAACCGAAUUUUGGAUUUUAUGGAAAUUGGUAGAAACCAAUUGGAAUUAAGGGCGUUUAAAAUGGAGACAAAGAAAAAAAGAAUAUGAAAGUUUCCGAAAAAACAUCAGACCGGCAUGGAUCUCACAUAUACCUAAAUGAGCAAUCAUUUGUAUUACAUCAUCGAAAAUAUGGAUUCUUUAUACAUCUUUGUCUUGAUAGGCCUCCUUCACUCUUUUCUCUAUUUGUUCCACACAAUUCUAUCAUCAUGUUCCAUCCCCUACACAAAUCUGUUAAGAACUUUACAGCUGGAAAUUGACUUCUUACGCUUAAGAUGGUACACAACUCUUUUCAAUCAAACAAUAAAGAACUGGACAACGUCCAGGAAAAGAUUUUGGCACCUCUGGUUCGAUACCGGAAUCUGUGUAACUAUUUUAAUUCUCCCUUUAUCCCUCCUAAUCCUGAUACAAAUGACAUCAAACGUUCUGAUGCAUCAGCCGAAUCCUCAGGAUGACAAUUCAUCCCAAGUGUUGCAAUUGGUCAUUCCUGGUGUCGAUAUUCCCAUGAACGAAGUGGGUUUUUACAUAACGGCAUUACUUCUCUCCACGACGUUUCACGAGAUGGGACAUGCAUUAGCGGCAGUGAGUGAGGAUGUGCGAUUAUAUGAGACGGGUUUUAUACUAUUUUUUAUCAUAUCAGUCGCAUAUGUUCAGAUAUGCAACGAGAAACUAUUAUCAUCGCCAGCACGGUCACAAUUGCGAAUCAUGUGUGCAGGAGUGUGGCAUAAUAUCAUUCUCGCAAUGAUGGCAAUGCUUCUUUUGAGUUUUGGAACAUGGCUUUAUAAGCCUUUCUUUUCCACCGAAACUGGCGUUUCCGUUCGACGGAUGCUGCCGAAUUCGCCACUAAUUGGAUCAACAGGUCUUAUGGUUCAUGAUACUAUCUACAGAAUUAAUGAUUGUUCGGUAAACAAUAGCCAGGAAUGGAUUAAUUGUGUGCUGCACACGAUGCGUGAACCAAAUCCGGGAUAUUGUGCUUCAGAACAUUUUCUGGAGAAAUAUAAGAAGGAGACUUCUCCAAACGAGUGCUGCGAUAGCUCUAUGAUAGAGGAUCAUUUAUGUUUCAAGUUUUUACGGAAUUUGAAGGAUAAUUUUACGUAUUCAUGUCUUCCUGCACGAACUGUUAUUACUCAAUCGGAGAAAUUUUGUAGAGUGGAUGAUGACUGUUUGGGAGGGAAGUAUUGUCUGAAGCCUCUGGUGGAAAAUAGCACAAAAGUUGUGCAAAUUCAGAGGAUUGAUAAAAAGGACGUUUUGUUUAUUGGUUAUCCUGCUGAUAUUUUUAACACAGUUGUGGUGUCGGAUUGGGUUUCUAAAUUUGCCUUUUUGAGUUCAGAGUUUCCGGAAAAUCUUAAUUUAGUUUUAGGGUAUAUUGUUAUGUUUUCUUCGGGGCUGGCUGUUAUUAAUGUAAUACCGUGUUUUUACUUUGAUGGGCAGUAUAUUGUUGAUAUAUUGAUUAGCUUGGGACUGCAAGUUACAAUUGGUCAUCAAAGAUUUCACAGAAAUGUGUGCCUAUCAACAAAAGUCGCUGGGACUUUAUUAUUAGCUUUUAAUGUAUUGUAUAUGUUAUUUCAAAAGUUUUCUUGAUCAAUACAUUUAUAUGGAAAAUAUUGUCAAUGUAUAAUAAAAAACAAUAAACAGGAA